UAGAAGGUGAUAAAGUCAAUUCAAUAUGUCUGCGCCCUAACAGGAAAAUGUGAUAGGAAACAUGACAGAUUCAUAAAGAAAGUACAUAAUGAUGAAUACAGCGAAGAGAAUUUGCUUUUUGGCAGUGCGAAGUUAUUCAUCAAAGACAGCACCUAAAAAUACCAAGCCAAGAAAAUACACCUUUAUAGAUUCCCUACGUGUACACGUGAGGGGAGGUUCAGGAGGGCAGGGUUUCCAGAAGUAUGGUGGAUCUGGUGGAGACGGAGGCUGUGUUUACGUCAAAGCAAAUAAGGAUAUUCUAAACCUGAAAACUGUCUUUGAAAACAAUCCGAAGAAGCGUUUUACUGCAGAAGUUGGGCAAGAUAGCAGGAGACAUUGGAUCCUUGGAAACCGUGGUGAAGAUGUUUGUAUAGAGGUGCCUGUCGGAGUUUCGGUCAAAAACCCGGAUGGCACAGAAAUUGCUGAUCUGGAUGAGGAUGGUCAGGAAGUUGUAGUAGCAGAAGGUGGAAAAGGAGGCAUAGAACAAACUAACUUCCUUGGUCAGAGAGGGGAGGCACAUACAAUUGUUCUUGACCUAAAACUCAUUGCGGAUGUUGCCCUAGUGGGAUUUCCAAAUGCGGGUAAAUCUACAACCUUGGCUGCUUUGUCUCGAACAUCUCCAAAGAUCGCUGCAUACCCCUUUACAACAAUACAACCUUAUGUCGGAACCAUGCAUUACCCAGAUAUGAGACAGAUUACUGUGGCAGACUUGCCUGGCCUGAUCGAGGGUGCCCAUAUAAAUAAAGGCAUGGGACACAAAUUUCUCAAGCACAUAGAGAGGACCAAACUUCUCCUGUUUAUCAUUGACAUUAAUGGCUUCCAGCUCCACUCAAGAUACAGUCACAGAACGGCAUUUGAGACCAUACUCCUGUUGAAUAAGGAGCUGGAAUUGUACAACAGGGAAGUUCUAGAUAAGCCUGCUAUUUUAGCACUUAAUAAAAUUGACCUCGACAGUGACAUGGAAAAGACGAAAGAUGUUGUAAUGAAAGUGAAACACCUUCCAGAAUCCCUCAGUACAGUGGAUCCAAAAUUUCAUCCGGAGCAUCUUAUAAAGUUUGACGGUAUUUUGAAAAUGUCAGCGAAAAAUAAAGACUCUGUUGAGAUGGUGAAAGAGCUGAUUCGAAAGAGACUUGAUUACCAUGAUGAAAAGGAGAGACAAAUAAAGGAACAACAUGGAAUAGUGUUACCAGAUCAUUCAAAAGGACUAAGGGAACGCCUUAGAUUAAAAAAUGAACAAAGCAAGGCUAGGUUACUUUGAGGGGGAGCUUUAUAAGUUUUUGUGUUUUCUCAUUGUUUGGAAAAAUAAAAAAAAACUUAAAAAUCACUUA